AUGUAUGAAAGCUGGGAAUUUGUUGAAUCUCAACGACAUGUAUAUAAUUUGGUCGAUAGAUUUAGUUCACUCACUGUUUCCUCUUCGCAAAGAUCAUUUAUAGUUAACUUUCCUUGUGAAGUUUUUAUUGAUAUUUGUAAAUUUCUUCCCCCGGUUGACCUUGUUACUCUUUCCGUUGUCUGUAAAAUGUUUCGAAAUUGGUUAGUGGCGCGUUCAAAUUUUGGAACUGAGCAGAUUUGGAGAAUGGCAAGGAUCAACUGGUUGCCACAUCUCCGGACACCACCUAAGGGAAUGUCAGAGCAAUGUUAUGUUUUCUUAAAUUUAAUUGAAUUAGGUUGUCAAUUUUGUGGAAGUGGCAAGGUCGAUCCAAAUGGUCAAUUGCCAUAUGAUACUCCGGCAAAGAUUUACUGGUGUUUCCGAGUUCGUUGUUGCCAACGAUGCUUUUUGGAAAAAUCAGUAACUUUAAAACAAAUUGAAGAUGAAGGUCAGGUCAAUCGUGAUGUACUUCAAGGACUUCCUUAUUAUUAUAAAAAAAAUCGACCUAUUAUUUAUUGGAGGAACCAAGUAGAAGUAGCUCAUCAAGAAUACAUGAAGCUUGAUAAGAUUGAUAUUUAUAAAUGGUCGAUUGAAAAAUCUGAUCAUUUACGUAAUCUAAAUAAGAUGAUUGCAAGUUGUUCAGUACCAGACCGAUCGGACUCAUCAAAAAAAUGUCAAAUAAAGUUGGAUUCGUUAAUAAACCAAUUAUCAUUUGUAGUUCCUAAUGAUGCAAAUAGAAGUCAACUUAAAGUAAUAGUACAACUCAAAAGGUGUCCCACUUAUAAAAAAUAUACUCCUAAUAAUCAAGAAGCAAGGUUAGCGAUGAGUUUAUUAUUUAAUGAGAACCACUGGAUUCUCUUCCAAAACUUUAUAAGACAAGAAUAUGAAGAGAAACGAAUAUAUGCGGCUUCAAGGGCACGACGAUAUGAUAUAUUUCGCAAGAUAUAUUCAAUGAUUCCAGAGAAAUUCUCCAUGAAUGAUCCUUUGGUUCAAUAUCUUCCAUAUUGCCUAUCUUUCAAAAAACCACCAUUUCAUAAUCAUGAUCCUACUAUACCUUGGAUAGGCAAUUUCCUUGAAAAUACAUUAAUUCCUACCCUUUGUGAGGAAGCGGCAGCAAUCGCAAAAGUAGGAAAGUGUCAACCAAUUACAACGCCAUCAGGCGUUUUUAAAUUAUUAGUAAAUCAACGUGUAUUCCAUUGUAAGUUAUGCGAAGAGGGUCGAAUGCAAGUUUAUGACUUUGGAACGGUUCAGUGGCAUUUACAUAAAUUACAUGAAAUCAGGAGAAUAGUUAAAAAGAAAAUGAUUACAGUUGAUUAUUUGGCAUUUGGCAUGAGUCUCCUAAAGCGAGAUUCUGAAUUAGUUUGUUUCUUCUAUCCACUUGAUGGCUGA